AUGAUAUCAGAUAUUUCACUUAAUUAGGAAUAAAAUUUAAACAUUAACAGUCCACCUAUUUUAUCAUUUCUCAAAAAAUAAAGGAAAAGAUCUAUCUAAUAUGUUACAUUUAAGAUGCAAACAGUAAAAAUACAUAAAACAUUUGCUGAAUAUCAAGUAUUUUUUCAUUUUUAUCAAUAUUCUAGGUGUAAGUAAAUGAAUAAGGAAAAAUAUGGAUUAUGGAAAUACGCUAUAGUACACUGUGGCAAUUCUAUCAAAAACUUAAAAAACUUUUUGGCAUCAAAUUAACAUUUCCAUCUAAACAUUUAUUUGGUAACUUGUCUCCAGAUACAUUAAAAAAAAGGGCAAUCGGAAUUCAAUAGUUUCUAUAGGAAUUAAGCAGGUAAAUAGAUAGUUCAUUUUGUUUAGUAAUUAUAAACUCAUUAAUUCUGAUGAAUGUUCUUAAUUUCUGACAAAAUAAAAACAUUAUGGAACUCAAGUAAUUGAUCUUACUGAAAUAGAAGAAUUCGUAUUAGAUGCCUGA